UUUCGGCCGAGGCCGGCUCGCGUCGCUGUCCGGGGGCGGCCCCGGCGGCGUAGCGACGCCACCGCCCUCGGCGCCGCCGCCGCCUCGCCCCGCUUCCGUCUUUGGCUCCUUCCGCGGGCGGGGGGAAUCGACCGGAAUACUUGUUAUAUUCAGAGAGGGGAGCCUGCCUGGGAACGAGAGGGGAGGGACGCAAGUGGUCGGUGCUCGCCACCUUUCUGCCGAAUCGUCGCCUAAUACUACCACCAGCUUAGCUGAGCUAGCGAGCAGAAAACCUUUUUGGCCGCUGCUCCCGACAAGACCUCCCGCCAUCCUGCUCCGGCAGCCGCAGAUCGGGAUCUCGCGAGGCUGUUUCAUUCUCCAGCCAUCCUACUUCAACGUCAGUCAUCUCUGAGGCUCUGGCCAGUCUUGACAUACUAGAAAAACCGUUCUGAAGAUUUGAAACAAUAUUGGAGAUGGGUACAAAGAUGCCAAUCUUACGCCGAGUAUCGAGCGCACUGUCCACGGCAUUACUGGAGUGGAUCUUGAUGCUGUUGCUGUUCGUUGAUGCGGUUUACAGCUUCUUGGUCACUAGAUUCGCCCGGUUCUGCAGACUACCGGCACCAUGCCCUUUCUGCUCCAGGCUUGAUCACGUCCUGGGCAACGAGAAACCAUGCUUCUAUAGGGAAUUGAUCUGCAAAACUCACAAGUCCGAGAUUUCGUCCUUGGCUUUCUGCCGCCUCCACCAGAAGCUCGCAGGUGCCCAAAGUAUGUGUGAAGGGUGCUGUGAGAAAACAAGCGAUGACGAUAAAGCAGAUGAGCCUGUGAUGGAUGUCAGUGAACUUGAUAGUGAUCAAGGAAACGAUGACAUGUUGAAUUCCUCUCCGACAAGAAUCUGUUCAUGCUGUGGACAACGUUUUAAACAACAGAGUGUUCCCUUGUUCUCUAGAAAGAUUGCAGAAAUAGAACCUACUGAAGCUGCUAGCUUAUCAAAGGUUUACAUGGAUUAUUCUGUAGCAGGUCAAGUGGAUGAGUCUACGGAACCUAAAGAUAUUUACCAUCAGAGUGAUUAUACGUCUCAUGAGAGAGACAGUCUGAUACAGAUGAUAUCUGACUCCGAGGUUGAGGUCCCUUGUGCCAAUGGUGUGAAAAGUUCACACUCUUGUGAAGCAAAUGCAAUGGAGGAAGACUUUCAAGAAGAUGCAGCUUGUGAACAGCCCAUUCUUCCUUCCACUGAGGUGGUAAAUGAAUCUGAGAGAAAGGUUGCGAGUGAGCUUAAUGUUACAGAUGCCUGUGACUGUGAUACAUCCUUGGUGUGUCCUGGUGGGGAUGACCAUCCUGAUCACGGAAUUGAUCGGGAUGGGAUGGAAGAAAAGGAAAGCUUAUUGACGAAAUGGACAUCCCAGCACGAUCCCGUACUUGUUAGUGAAGAUUCAGGUUUAAAAGAAAUUCCAGCUGCAUCAUGUGAUGAGCUUCCUCAGAUUCUUGGUGAAACUGAUCCAUCUCAGAACACAAGUGAAGGCAACGCUGACCCAUUUACAUCCCAGUUCACAAUACUAGAAGAGCACUAUGCUGUUUCAGGAGAAAGAAAAAUAAAAGAUAAUCUGGAACAAGUUCAUGGGUCAGAAAUUACUGGCAGAUCAAGUGGUGAGUUUUCCCAGAGAACAACCAAUCCAGAUAUAACUGAAUUUGCACCACAGAACACUCACCAUGUUGCUUCAGAAGAUGCAGAUGUUAAAGAUGAUUGCAAGGAUAUCCGUGUUUCACAAGUUGGUGCUGAUUCCGAAGCAGUUGGCAAGGUUGAAGGUUCUACUAAGAAAAUUGAACCCACAGGUGACAUGGGGACACAUGAACUGAUAGUCCAAGAUCCUUCUGAUACUGGUCCCAAAGAUUUUAUAGACAAAGGUUAUGUGGACAGAGCUCAUUUUCCAGCAGUUGCUGUUAGAUCAAGUGGUGAAGUUCCUCAGGAUCAUGGUACUGCUGAGGAAUGCCCCAAAACAAGUGAAGCCACUGUUGAAAGGAGACCAUCUCUAAGCACUCAGAUUAGCAUGAACGAAGCCUACAGGCUUGCCACUGGCAGCAAGAGUAGCUUGCCAUCCCCUACCUUGACGGAUGUCAUCCUUGGAAAGGAUUCUACUUCUAGCAUAAACGAAGAAUUAAGGUUAUUGUUGUCACAGCUCUCAGCUUCCAGGGGUCUCGAGGCGCCAUGGGUGGAUCCAGGCCCUAGCCCCCGUGCAUAUGGGCGUGGUGAUGAACUGGUAGUGCAGAACAUUACCAAAAGAAUUUCACUGGAGAGAAAUGCAUCCGGUUUGGAGUCGCUAGACGGAAGCAUUGUUAGUGAGAUGGAAGGUGAAAGCGCCAUUGAUCGGUUGAGACGACAGGUUGAUCUUGAUCGGAAAUCGAUACACCUGCUCUGCAGGGAACUCGAAGAAGAGAGGAAUGCCUCGGCCAUUGCUGCAAGUCAGGCGUUGGCUAUGAUCACCAAGUUGCAGGAUGAGAAGGCUGCAAUGCAGAUGGAAGCUUCACACUACCAACGGAUGAUGGAAGAACAAGCAGAAUAUGACAGCGAAGCACUUGCAAAAGCUAACGAGUUACUUGCUGAGAGAGAGCAACAAAUAGAGGAACUGGAAGUUGAACUUGAAAACUAUAGGAGCCAGUAUGGAGGUGAACCAAUAGAGAAACAAGCCAAAGCCCCCUUUAAACAAGAAAAUGCUGAUACAGCUUUCCUCGAACAAGGUGGUCUUGAAAUUCCUAUGGUUAAAACACCAGAAGGCACAAAUUCUUUUGCGAGUUUUGAAGAGGAGAGAGCAUAUAUAGCCACUAGUUUGAGAAAGUUGGAGCAGAAGCUUCAAUCCUACUCGAACAAUAGCACUUCUGAUGAUUUGUCUAGUUCAGAUGCUAUUGAGGAUGACCUCUCGAACAAAGCUUCUGUUGCAGAAGACAGAUCGCUACAUUGUCAGGAUAGCUCAAGGAAGGCAGAAGAGCGUAUUUCCUCGGGUAAGGGGGCCGUCUCAUCGGUAUUGGGUGCGGAUGUUGAUCUAACAACAGUUCAGGAAGAGAUUGCAAGCUUGAACAGAAGGCUGAAGACGCUAGAAGGUGACCGGAAUUUUCUUGAACAUAGCAUAAACUCCCUCAGAAAUGGCACCGAAGGUUUGAUGUUUAUACAGGAGAUUGCUUGUAACCUGAGAGAACUGCGGGCGAUUGCUACUGACAAGAAAUAGCCUGCAGCAAGAUGUGCAACAGAUUCCAACUCAACAUGUGCGUUGUGCAUUUUUGUAUAUCAUCUGAUUCAAAAGAAAUUCUUCUUGUAAUUAAGGUGCCAGAUACUGUUGUAUUAUUUCUAAGGGACUUCCAGGCAAAAAGAAGCUUGUACUUACAGGAGGCACAUCGUUUCAAUCAAAGCAGUGAAAAAAAAAAACUUUGCCAAUGACA